AUGGCAUUCCUCUGCCAGAAAUAUCACAUCGCAUUACUCUAUACCAAAACAAAAGAAGAGUUGGAACAGCUCACAGUGGAAAUCAAGAAGGAUGCCAACUUUGUCCGUUCCAGCCUCAAAGUGACAAUGCAACAGUAUCUACCUCCAGAUGAACAGAUGAAUCAAGCCUCAGUGGAUGCACGCAUUCAGAAAACACAGUACACUAACUCGUCAUGUAAGUUUGUAGAGGUCAUGACGCGAUAUAAUGAAACCCAAGUGUCAUUCAGAGAGAAAAGCAAAAGCAGGAUUCAGAGACAGUUGUUGAUCACUGGAAGAAUUACAACUAAUGAGGAAUUGGAAGAGAUGCUGGAGACCGGAAACCCUUCCAUUUUCACCUCCGAUGAGAUGAUGGGGGUUGAAAAGCAGUGCGAGGUGGAGGUCCUAAAACAGUCCCAAAGAGAGUUACAGUGGGUCCAAAAACAGCUGUCAGUCAUCUCUAACAGAACCAAUGGCCCAGGCAUGACCAAGGAUAAGUGGAUUUCCACCACCGAAAAACCCUUGCUGUAA